UCCCCAUUUCAUUUCCGCGCCAUAUAAUAAAAUCAAAAGAGAGAAAAACAAAACCUCAAAGUCUCAAACAGUUGGUGCUCACAAACCCCCCUCUUCUCCGCACUCCACUGUAUCUACAAUCAUCACCAAUACUCACAUCUCUCCUCUAAAUCAUCAAUACAAUUAACCGCAGAUGGAGCAAGAAGAUCAGAAGGUUCUAGAUCUCGUCAAAGAACUCGUGAAUCGCUUACUCAACUCACCCUCAACUCACAGUUCGAACCCUAUUAAUAAUAACUGUAUUAAUAAUAAUACAGUUCAGCAAUCGCUCAAGUAUGCAGUUAGAAUAUUGUCGAGUCGAAUGACGCCGUCAAUUGCUGUAGAUGAAGCUGCAAUGGCGGAUUCUAUUAAGCGUCAGCUCGCAACCCAAGGUAAGUCUUCGCAAGCCCUAACUUUUGCGGAUCUGUAUUCUAAAUUCGCGGCGAAGAGUGGUCCAGGGAGUGUAAAUAAUAAGUGGGCUGUGCUUUAUUUGCUUAAAACUAUUGCGGAUGAUCGAAAAGGGGGGAGGAAUAGAUCUGAUUCUAGGGUUUCUAAUGGGUUUUUGUUGCCGGUUUUGUUUGAGGGUGAUGGGGGGUCUAGAGGGGUGAAUGGGAAUUUUAAGAAUGGGGGGAAGUUGGGAGCUUGGGAUGAUUCGAAGGGUUCGAGGAAUGGGGAGAGGGGAGAAAAGGGUUGGGAUGGUGGGGUUUUGUUGGUUUCCAAGGAUCCGAGUAAUAUGCGGGAAAUGGUGUUUAGGGAGUUCGGGAAUUUGUUGAAGGAGGAGAAUGAGGUUUCGGAGGAGGUUUUGGUGAGGGAUGUGUUGUAUGCUUCACAGGGGAUUGAUGGGAAGUAUGUGAAGUUUGAUAAGAGUGUUGAUGGGUAUGUUUUGGCGGAAUCAGUUAGGGUUCCGAGAGCUACUAGGAUUAUGGUUAGGAAAGUUUGUGAGCUUGGGUGGUUGUUUAGGAAGGUUAAGGGGUAUGUUUCGGAGACUGUUCAAAGUUUGGCGGCUGAGGAUGUUGGAACGGUUGGGCAGGCAUUUUGUGCAGCCUUGCAGGAUGAGCUGACAGAGUAUUAUAAGUUGCUGGCUGUGCUUGAAGCUCAAUCAAUGAAUCCUAUUCCUUCUAUUACGGAGAGUGUUAGUUCUGGGAACUAUCUUUCGCUUAGAAGACUUUCUGUGUGGUUUGCUGAACCAAUGGUGAAAAUGAGACUAAUGGCUCUUUUGGUUGACAACUGUAAGGUUCUAAAGGGUGGUGCAAUGGCCGGGGCGAUUCACAUGCAUGCUCAACACGGUGACCCUAUUGUUCAUGAUUUUAUGAAACGGUUGCUUCGUCGGGUGUGUUCUCCUCUUUUUGAGAUGGUGAGGAGCUGGGUGUUAGAAGGGGAACUCGAAGAUAUUUUUAUGGAGUUCUUUGUCUUGGGCCAGCCUGUAAAAGCAGAAUCACUGUGGAGGGAAGGUUAUCAGCUUCGUUCUGCAAUGCUUCCUUCUUUCAUCUCACAGUCUCUUGCUCAUAGAAUUCUACGAACUGGGAAGUCGAUCAAUUUUCUUCGAGUUUGUUGCGAAGAUCGUAGUUGGGCUGAUGCCGCAACAGAAGCUGCUGCUGUCACCGGGACAACCACUAGGAGAGGUGGCCUCGGUUAUGGUGAAACUGAUGCACUAGAAUCUUUGGUUACUGAAGCAGCAAGGAGAAUAGACAAGCAUUUGAUGGACGUUGUGUACAGGCAGUAUAAGUUCAAGGAACAUUGCCUUGCAAUUAAGCGGUAUCUAUUGCUCGGGCAAGGUGAUUUUGUUCAGUAUUUGAUGGAUAUUGUCGGGCCUGAGCUUUCAGAGCCUGCUAAUACCAUCAGCUCAUUCAAGCUUGCAGGGUUGUUGGAGAGCGCAAUACGGUCCUCCAGUGCACAGUAUGAUGAUCCUGACAUACUGGAUAGAUUGAGGGUCAAAAUGAUGCCACACAACAUAGGAGAUAGAGGGUGGGAUGUCUUCUCCCUGGAAUAUGAUGCAAGAGUGCCUUUAAAUACUCUAUUUACUGAGUCGGUCAUGACGAAGUAUUUUAGAAUCUUCAAUUUCCUAUGGAAGCUUAGACGGGUGGAGCAUGCGCUCAUUGGUGUUUGGAAGACAAUGAAACCAAAUUCUAUAGCUUUUACUAAAUUGCCAGAAGCUGUUAAGUUGCAGCUUAUUUUGGCAUCAAGGAGGUGCCAAGUGCUCUGGGAUGAGAUGAAUCAUUUUAUAACAAAUUUGCAAUAUUAUAUCAUGUUCGAAGUUUUGGAGGUUUCAUGGUCUAAUUUCUCUAGUGAAAUGGAGUCAGCUAAAGAUCUUGAUGAUCUGCUUGCUGCUCAUGAGAAGUAUCUUCAUUCAAUUGUUGAGAAGUCUCUCCUAGGAGAAAGGUCACAGUCUCUUUACAAGACUCUCUUUGUGUUGCUUGAUCUUGUAUUGCGAUUCCGUAGUCAUGCAGAUCGUCUAUAUGAAGGAGUCAAUGAAUUGCAAGCAAGAACUGUGGAGUCAUCUUUGCCUUCUCGGGACAAGACAAACAGGCAGUCAAGUAAUAAAACCUCAGCUCCUGGGUCAUGGCUUGGUGAAGGCCGGAAGGCCAUUACUCAACGUGCUAGCGAAUUUCUUACACAUAGCGGACAAGAAAUAGAUACAAUCUCUAAGGAAUAUUCAUCACUAUUUCAGGGAUUUAUUUCACAGUUGCCAGUCCAACAACACAUUGAUUUGAAGUUCCUCAUGUUCCGGCUAGACUUCACAGAAUUCUACAGCCGUGCGUCAUAACAUAGGUACAAGCUAGGAUUUGCUCAGCUUAUGUUGGAAUAUAUCAGUGAUAGUGUUUGAGAUUAUGUAAAAUUGGUGUCUUUUUGAUGUUGAUUGGGAUCUGUUUCUUUUUCUACAAGUUUUUUAUUUUGUUUCCACUGUAGUCUACUGUGAAUUUUAGAUUGAUGGUGAAUAUACAAAUUUCCUUCCAGUUUUUAUGUGAAAAUGAUCUUCGGCAGUGUCUUCAUAUAAAAGAAACUCCAAGAAACAGGUGCAAAUAUGGCUGCACAAAGUUCUAUAACUAGAUUGGAUCGAAGAUUGGAAUCAUAUGUAUUGUCGGACUGGAGAGUGGCUGCUUAUUGUUGGUCCUGGACGGACCUGGUUCGAUUUGCAUUCAGUGGAAGUCAGGUUAGUGUGAGAAGUUUUCUGUAGGUUUAGUUAAGCCUGUUAUAGAGCUUGAUUUCUAUUGUGAAAUUGAAUGAUUAGAUGUAAGGAAAUUUUUAGGUUUCUCAGCUAAUUUUUGUAGGUAAAGUCCGUUUGAUUUCCUUUGUGAUUUGUUGUAUAGUUUAUGCAUUUCCACUUCACUGCUGGAAUUAGAGAACUGUUUGGUUAGAAAACUGCUGGAAUUAGAGAACUGUUUGGUCUUUCCUGGUUCAUGCAAAGAUAUGUGCUGCUGUCUGCUGAGAUAUUUCAGCUGCAAGAGUUCACUCUGCUGCUUAGAUUUAAAUAUUUAUGUUAAGUAUUUACAAUAGAAGUCAAAACUUGGUUCA